AAAAUCAAAAUCAAAAUCAUAAUCAUAAUUCUAAAAUCACACUAACAAUUCAAACGCAGUUAAGUGUUCUCCGGAAAAACCAGACCUGUUGAUAUAGUAGCCGGCAUUGACGGGGGACCUUCUCCAGGGGCAUGAAUCUAUUCCGAUCGAAGAUGCCCAAGCAAAUCCACGAGAUUAAGGAUUUCCUCCUUACAGUAAGGAGGAAAGAUGCGCGAUCAGUGAAGAUCAAGAGGAGCAGGGAUGUCGUGAAGUUCAAGGUCAGGUGCUCCAAGUACCUUUACACCCUCUGCGUCUUUGAUUCUGAGAAGGCUGACAAGUUGAAGCAGUCCCUUCCUCCAGGUUUGUUUCAUUUCUUGUGCAGGUUUGAGUGUACAAGACCUUUGAAGAGAUGAUGUUAAUCUUUCAGCAGUCGGGGCAUCAUGAUGAAGAUACAAGGACUGUUUCGAGUUCUACCCUUUUUUUGUUGGCAAACUAUGAAGAAUCUAUGGUUUAUCCUUGUUAGACAUGGUUCAAUUUUUGGCUUGGUAGUGAUGGCAUUUAUUUGAGAUGACUUUCUCCUGCUAAA